GCAGGCAGGUCUGUUUGGUGUCUAAGGAUGUGGCUGUGCAUGUGGAUGAGGAGUGAACCUGGGAGGUGCUUGAAUUUCUAUCAUCCACAUCAAACCACCCAAUGCAGUAAAAGCACAAAAACCCCUAAUAGAACCUAGUGUAACAGACACAAUGCUGCAGUGAGGGAAGCACAGAGUGUGUGUGAGACUGUUACAUAGAGGAGAGGCCCUGACACAAACCAUCAACAUGCCAGCAUCUCUCUGAUACUGGAGAUCUGAUGCUCACACUGACCCUCAGCAUGCAGGCAUCACAGGGUUUGGCUCCAUGGAUAUAUUGCAUGACUGGAUUCAUGGCUGUGCUGCCUGGGAGCUCCUCUGCAGGGGAUGCUUGGAUGACAGAGAUGCACAGAAAAAAGGAAAACUGGUUUCUUGGGAGAGAGGACACGGUCCCGCUGCGUCUGAUUUUUAGAAAUGAUCAGGAAAACCAGACCACACAGAGCCAACUUAGCACGCGGGUGAAGGAAGGAAGCUCCCAGCAUCGUGACCAGUCUACGCAUAUUGCACAGGCCAGCUUUCAGGUCGAUGCAUUCGGAUCUUCCUUUAUUCUGGACGUAGAGCUAAAUCAUGAUUUGUUGUCUUCUGAUUACCUGGAAAGACACAUUACAGAGGAAGGGAAGACAAUUGAAAUCCAAGGUGGAGAACAUUGUUAUUACCAGGGACAAAUCCGAGGAGUACCUAAAUCUUUUGUGGCUUUGUCAACCUGUCAUGGACUUCAUGGGAUGUUCUGCGAUGGAAAUCAAACAUAUCUUAUUGAACCAGGCGAAAAUUAUAAACCAAAUGCAGACUACCAAUUCCAUUCUGUUUACAAAUCAAAAUUACUUGAAUUUCCUCUGGAUGAUCUACCAUCUGAAUUCUGGUCAUUGAAUGACACGUCAGUGAACUUAAAUCGGACCCCUGGUAGACACAGAAUGAAGAGACAUGCUCGACGGUUGCGACGUAAUGUUGAAGAAGAAACCAAAUAUGUUGAACUGAUGAUUGUUAAUGAUCAUUUAAUGUAUAAGAAGCACCGCUUAUCUGUUGGCCAUACAAACGGUUAUGCCAAGUCGGUUGUCAACUUGGCAGAUUUAAUCUAUAAAGAACAGUUAAAUACGAGGAUUGUGUUAGUUGCCAUGGAAACCUGGGCUAAUGAUAACAAGUUCAGCAUUUCUGAAAACCCACUUGUGACACUAAAGGAGUUCAUGAAAUACAGACGGGAUUUCAUCAAGGACAAAAGUGAUGUUGUCCACCUUUUCUCGGGCAGUCAAUUUGAGAGUAGCCGAAGUGGUGCAGCAUAUAUUGGCGGUGUGUGCUCGCUGUUGAAGGGAGGCGCUGUAAACGAGUUUGGGAAGGCGGAUGUCAUGGCGAUCACAUUGGCGCAAUCCUUGGGUCAUAAUUUAGGCAUUUUCUCAGACAAGAAGUUUUUGAGCGGUAAUUGCAAAUGUGAUGACAUGUGGGCUGGAUGCAUCAUGGGAGAUAUCGGCUAUUAUCUACCCAGCAAGUUCUCUGUGUGUAGUAUUGAAGAAUACCAUGAGUUUCUGAAUAGUGGAGGUGGAUCCUGUCUCUUCAAUAAGCCCCUUAAGCUUUUAGACCCCCCAGAGUGUGGAAAUGGCUUUAUUGAAAUUGGUGAGGAAUGUGACUGUGGCACCUUUGAGGAAUGUGCAUUGGAAGGAGGUGCCUGUUGCAAAAAAUGUCUGUUAACCGAAGGAUCUAAAUGCAGUGAUGGGCUGUGUUGCUCGAGCUGUCAGUUCAGUCCAAAUGAAAUUGUUUGUCGAGAAGCUGUGAAUGACUGUGAUAUUCCAGAAAACUGUACAGGAAAUUCCAGCCAGUGUCCUUCAAAUGUACAUAAACUAGAUGGAUACAACUGUGAUAAUGAGCAGGGGCUUUGUUUUGGAGGUAGAUGCAAAACCAGGGACAGACAGUGCAAGUAUGUCUGGGGAGAAAUGGUGUCUGCUGCCGACAAAUAUUGCUACGAAAAGCUGAAUAUUGAAGGGACUGAAAAAGGCAAUUGCGGCAAAACUAAAGAAACAUGGAUUCAAUGUAACAAACAAGAUGUGCUGUGUGGAUAUCUUCAAUGCACCAACGUUUCAAACAUCCCCAGACUGGGCGAGCUGGAUGGGGAAAUUACAACAUCUUCUGUCUCCAGAAAUCAAGUGGUUUUCUUCAAUUGCAGUGGUGGCCAUGUAAAAUUGGAUGAAGACACUGAUCUAGGUUAUGUGGAAGACGGGACCCCAUGUGGUGUACAAAUGAUGUGUCUGGAGCGCAGAUGUCUACCCAUCGAUUCCUUCAACAUCAGCACCUGCAUGGGCAACCAAAACAGUAUUUGUUCUGGACAUGGGAUAUGCAGCAAUGAAGUGAAGUGUGUUUGUAAUCGGUUCUGGACCGGCGAUGAUUGCAGUAAUUUCUCUCCUCUACUAACGAAGGCUGUAGAUGAACCUGAAUAUGAAGGUGUUAUUAGCACAAACAUAAUCAUAGGAGCCAUUGCUGGCACUAUACUAGUAUUGGUGUUGGUAUUAGGAAUAACCGCUUGGGGUUACAAAAAUUAUCGACGAGAGAGACAAAUACCCCAGGGAGAUUAUGUAAAAAAGCCUGGAGAUGUCGACUCUUUUUAUAGCGACUUGCCUCCCGGAGUCAGCUCAAACUCAGCUUCUAGCUCUAAGAAGAGGUCUGCUAUUCUGUCGCAUUUUCAGAUAUCUGCCUGUUCCAUCCCACAUUAUUCCAUUAGUCAGAACAUUUCAUUAUUUUGCAGAAGAUCUAAUGGUUUGUCUCAUUCAUGGAGUGAAAGAAUUCCAGACACAAAACAUGUUUCCGAUGUCUGUGAAAAUGGCCGACCGCGGAGUAACUCUUGGCAAGGUAACAUAAGCAGCAGCAAAAAGAAAUUAAGAGGAAAAAGAUUCCGGCCGCGUUCCAAUUCUACUGAAACUCUGUCUCCUGCUAAAUCUCCAUCAUCAUCAACUGGAUCCAUUGCCUCAAGCAGGAAGUACCCGUACCCCAUGCCACCACUUCCUGAUGAAGAGAAGAGAAUCAGCAAACAAAGUGCAAGGCAGUUAUGGGAGACAUCUAUCUGAACAUUCCAGAACUCGGAGCCUUGGGUAAAAGAGUAAAAUCAAGCUCCGGAAAGCCAAAAUGGUGUCUACACUCAAUCCUCAACUACAGGUGUGCUUGUUCUUCAGCUAGAAAUAAGAAAUGCCAUGGAAUCAAGGAUGUUUACAGAGAAUAUCAUUUCUGAUCUACCGGAACACCUCUUACCGACUGCAAUUAUUUAUAUUCCCAACAGCAAUUCAAAAAAACAAAGAACUUAAACCGAGACUUAUACGGACGAAGUAGGAGGAGUAUUUCUUUCUGCAUGACGAAUAUAUUUUCAGACACUAAUUACAAAUUCUAAGGUUCUAUAGUACAAAGGUCUAAAUUUACUACAACUAGUCAUCCAUUGUACGACGGAAAGUGUGGUAGUCAAGACUUAUUUUGAUGCACGUCCCCACUAUGGUUAAUUCUGUUCAGUGCAUGUUCAUACUGUCUUUUCCACUUACCGCAGAUAGGAUAUAAUGAAUUUAGCAUGGUACCAUAUCACAUAGCCAUUUUACUUUAUAAUUGAAAAAAUAAAAAAAAAGCCACAUUAAUGAGACAUUAGCUAUCAAGUUCUGAACAUUAAAAAAAAAGCAUAUUUCUGUACAUAUGUACAUUAUCAAUUGUAAAAAAAAAAAAAAAAAGGAAAGCAUUUAAUACAGUAGAUAGUAUUUUAUUUUGUCAAGCACCUGAAGAUCAGUGAGCACACCUGUUUUACAUGUAACCUUAAAUUAUAGAA